AUGCUGGCAUUAUCUCACAUGAUUGGAUUUUCCAAUGCAUUUUCCCUUUCGAUGGUUCGUUCCAUCUCUCAAUCCACCACCGUGACACCUCUCUCGAAAGGAGGACAGACAGUCAUUGCUUUUGUAUCUGGAGGAAACUCAAACAUGUAUUCGAUGGAUGUUGAUUCCGAUCGACUAUUGACCGUGUCCAUUGGUAUGAAUGACAACGUAACGGUUGUUUUCAAAAGACUUUCUCAACCUUCACUCACGAAUUACGACUAUAUAGUGUCCAAUUAUUCGCGAACUGUGGGAGUGAAAUUAGCCACCACCUAUUACAUUGGAGUAUUCGGAAAAGGAUCAUCUUCACAAAAUAACAAAUUUACACUGAGUGUUUCGAGUGUAAGCGGAGCUGUGAUUCAAGCCUUCGCUGAUUGGAUCAUUGGAGUCAUUGUUGGCUCUGUAAUAGCUGCCAUUGUCAUUCUGAUAUGCUCGAUUGUGGCUGUGGUGGUUCCAAUAUUGGCAUGUUGUGGUGUCAUCAGUUGUACCGUUUGCUUUGGGGUGCGAGAGGCACAUAAAACCAAUCAAAUGCAUCCACACCAACAAUUGCAAAGUUCACAAAGCUCUCCUUACAUGUAA